UUACUAUAUAUUACUCCGGAGUUGGUAAAGUGUGUGUGUGUGUGUGUGAUUACUAUGACUCACUAAUUUAGCUCCAAAACACUCUCACUCUCUUACAUGUUACUGGUGAAUCAUGAAGUAGCAUUGAGAAAGAAAAGAUUAUUAUUUAUUUUGGAUCCACAAAGUUAAACCAUGAAAUCUCCAAUGAGUAUCGAUAUUCUUAAAACAACACACGCUCUCAAGAUCGUUGCUUUCUUCUUCAUCUCUAUCAGUUUCUUCUACUUAGGUAAACACUGGUCCGAUGGCUACCAACAACUUAUCUUCUUCACACAAGACUCCGACCCGGAUCCGAAUCAAAAUCAAGCGGUUUCUAUUUCCCCUAAUUACAACAAAUCAUUCAACAUCUCUAUCCCUAUCGGUCAGAAUAGCACCGAACCGGUCUCGGAGAAAACCCUAACUCAACCGCCGCCUGCGGGGGAUUCGGUGGAGAAAUUUGGGAUCGUGAAUGAGAAUGGGACGAUGUCGGAGGAGUUUGAGGUUGGGAAUUUCGAUCCGGAGAUGGUGGAUGAUUGGGUGAACGAAACGCAAGUUGAGAAGGAAGGUUCUGAUAGUGUUGCGAAAUUCACGAUCACGAAGUUUGGGUUGUGUUCGAGGGAUAUGAGUGAGUAUAUACCUUGUUUGGAUAAUGUGGAUGCGAUUCGGAAGAUGCCUUCGACGGAGAAAGGAGAAAAAUUUGAACGGCAUUGUCCUGAAGAAGGUAAAGGGUUGAAUUGUUUGGUUCCUGCACCUAAAGGGUACCGUGCCCCAAUUCCAUGGCCCAAAAGCAGAGACGAGGUAUGGUUCAGUAAUGUUCCUCAUACUCGUCUUGUUGAAGAUAAAGGCGGUCAAAACUGGAUUUCUAGAGACAAAGAUAAGUUUAAAUUUCCAGGAGGUGGUACACAAUUUAUACACGGGGCAAAUGAAUACUUGGACCAUAUUGCUAAGAUGAUUCCUGAAAUUACAUUUGGUCAGCAUAUACGAGUUGCUCUUGAUGUUGGCUGUGGUGUAGCUAGUUUUGGUGCGUACUUACUGUCACGGAAUGUCGUCACCAUGUCCGUAGCUCCCAAGGAUGUUCAUGAGAAUCAGAUUCAGUUUGCUCUUGAGCGUGGGGUACCGGCCAUGGUGGCAGCAUUUGCAACUAGACGUCUUUUAUAUCCAAGUCAAGCUUUUGACUUGAUACACUGUUCACGUUGUAGAAUUAAUUGGACUCGAGAUGAUGGGAUAUUGCUGCUUGAAGUUAAUAGGAUGCUAAGAGCAGGAGGGUAUUUUGUUUGGGCUGCCCAGCCGGUUUAUAAGCACGAAGAAGUUUUAGAAGAACAAUGGGAAGAGAUGCUUAAUCUUACCACUCGACUCUGCUGGAAUUUUUUGAAAAAAGAUGGGUACAUUGCAGUAUGGCAGAAACCUUUUGACAAUAGCUGCUAUUUAAACCGUGAAGCAGGAACAAAGCCUCCUCUAUGUGACCCAAGUGAUGACCCAGACAACGUUUGGUAUGUUGAUCUAAAAGCAUGCAUCUCUGAAUUGCCUAAAAAUGGAUAUGAAGCAAAUGUUACCAAUUGGCCUGCACGUAUGCAAACCCCACCCAAUAGGCUUCAAAGCAUAAAACUUGAUGCUUUCAUAUCCCGAAAAGAGCUAUUUAAGGCAGAAUCAAAAUACUGGGAUGAGAUAAUAGAAAGCUAUGUCCGUGCUUUGCACUGGAAGAAGAUGAAAUUAAGAAAUGUUAUGGACAUGCGAGCAGGUUUUGGAGGAUUUGCAGCAGCAUUGAUUGCGCAAAAUCUUGAUAGCUGGGUUAUGAAUGUUGUUCCUGUAAGCGGUCCAAACACAUUGCCUGUCAUAUACGACCGUGGAUUUAUUGGAGUUAUGCAUGACUGGUGUGAAUCAUUUGACACCUACCCGAGAACCUAUGAUUUACUGCAUGCUGCAAACUUGCUUUCUGUUGAGAGGAAAAGAUGCAAUGUCUCAUCAAUUAUGGUUGAGAUGGAUCGGAUACUAAGACCUGGUGGGCGUGUUUACAUUCGCGAUUCACUUGUCAUAAUGGAUGAACUUCAACAGAUUGCCAAGGCAAUAGGCUGGCACACGACACUACGAGAUACAGCUGAGGGGCCUCAUGCAAGUUAUAGGAUCUUGGUUUGUGAUAAGCAUCUGCUACGUGCUUGAAGCAAUGGUGUGGUAGCAUGUAACAUGUUCUUAUUUUUAUAGUCAACCACGUAACAAAGCAAAUUAAGUAUUAAGUCAUUUGAGAAGUACGUGAAGAUGCAAGCGUAAAAGUUAAAGUUUCAAUUCCUCACAAGGUGGUGAACAUUUGUUUAUUUAUUGAUACUACUGAGUAGGUAUAAGGUUCCCAAACAGCUGGAUAGGUCGACUGCAUCAUCUAACUUAUUUGUAUAAUUCAAUUUAUUUGUAUAAUAGUUAUGAGAACUCGUACAACACACGGGAUAUAGCUGUUUUGUGUAAGCUAUUUUAUACUUAUAUUUACUGUAUUAUUUUCUCUUCAAAUUCUAUUGGAAAAGUUAUGAACAUAGUUUUUUUUCUUCC